AUGGUAUCCGCCUCACCACUCUCUCCCACUUUCUAUGGCCAUAUUGCCUCUACUCAAGACGCACUGCUCCUAUUUGAGGCAUGUCUCAGUGGUGCCAUGAACCAUGUUGCUCGCCGCCCACACGACCGUGAACGAGCAGGUUUGAUCCAGAGCGGAAAUGUUUUCAUCUACGAGGAACACUCUUCUGGUAUCAAGCGGUGGACUGACGGUGUGCCUUGGAGUCCGAGUCGGAUCUUGGGAAACUUCCUUGUUUAUCGCGAGCUCGAGCGACCCUUUCCCCCAGGCGAGAAGAAAAGAGCGAUGAAGCGUGGCAAGAAAUCCCCUGGGAUCAGCAAAGCCCAAGUACCGUUUGCUGCGUCAGGAAUUAGCCACAACAUAGGAAGUGGCUACGCUCCAGUAUCUUCUGCUGUAUCAUAUCUUGAUACACCUACGCCCAACUCGCUGACCAAGGAAACCGAGCGAUCGUUAAUAGGUUCAUUAGUUGAUUCCUACGGCUUCAAAGACGAAGGCCUGGUAAAGAAGACUGUAAGCGUGACAGUUGGAGGCGUUUCUCACCAUCUGGUCUCGUACUACUCAGUUGCCGACAUUAUGAACAACAGAUUACAGACUCCCUCAAAAGAUCCCACAUUCCAGCAUAUCAUACCACGCCCGGACCUCGUCACCAAGCAGAAUUUCCGCACGGCAAUUGACGAAGUAGACACUAUGGACCGAAUGGAGGAUCGAGCUGUCUAUAGCGUUUACCCUUAUGCCCGCAAUGGAUACGAAAUGACAAAUCAGAGUGUCUUGCAUCGGCCAAUGUCGCUGCCAACACCACCUAUUUCGUAUCCAGCAUCAAAUGUGUAUAGUAAUUAUACAAUGAGUGCCAAUCCUGCAUCUUACGAACCUAUUCCAACAAGCACCUCGAAUGGCGCUUAUGACAACCAGUUUACUCCCUCUCCAGGCAUAUAUUUGGCGCCGAAGAAUGAGAACCUGGACUUUGGCGGCUAUAGACAACAGCGGUAUAACACUGUGCUUGGUACUAGUUCCGAUGCAAUUCGUAGUCAAAUACCUGCUAUCUCCACAAACUUCCCACGUCGGCCAUCGAAUUUCGACCAACGCUCGGUGGAUUCAGGUGUCUCCGUCAUCUCAUCCACGUCGACAGAUUCGAAGCUUAGCAAUGAUUCUGGGUAUGCAUCUCAGGGGUAUUACGGAAACAGAGAAAACGCCGCCAACACAACAAACAUUUAUGCCCUCCCAAAGUCCUUACCGAUCGCCCCACAACCUGCAGCAUAUGACCGACCUGCACAUGUCUUCUCGGACAUCGAUAGUGCAGGCUUGAAGGAGAACAUUGGGCCAAUGGGAAACUCGAGCGCUGGACAUGGCCACUACAUGGCUUCUCAGCAAUGGGCUAGUACAUGA